UCUCUCUCUUUCUUCUUUCUCUCUCCCAUAAAUCCCAAAGCUCUUUGAAGCAUUGGUAAACGAAUUGAAGUAAUAGAUGGAAAUUUUGAAGUGCUUAAGAUCAUUGAGAUCCAUGGUGGCCAAAACUUCUCUCACAUAUCUCAAUGCAGCAACACAGAAGAAAAUUAAGUGCUUUUACUCCUCUGGCGCCUCCUUCAAGGCCAGCUUCAGAGAUUGAAAAAAGCAAUGGAAAUAGAUUACUGAGUUUUUUUUUCAACUAGGAGUGAGAUGGAGCUGUGCUGCAAGUUAAGAAGAGGAUAAGGUUACGGAAAUCAGUGAGGUUUUGGUUUUGGUUUUGGUCAGACUAUUUUCGAGUCUCACUCAUCGUUUCCCCAUCAUCUUUUCCAAUCAAAAGCCAGCCUUUUUUCUAAACAGACUUCAACAACUUCCCUUGAUCAAUAUUUUGCUUUGGUUUCUGUUAUAAGUUCUUGUUUUUUUAUCUUUUCAAAGUUCAAACCAACCCCAUCUUACAGUGGCGGGGGAAAAUUAGUGCUUUUAAGUUUUUUACUCAGAUUCUCUUCAAAUCCCGUCGCUUUCUCUCCCAUUUAUUUCAGCUUUUUGAUUGGCCAUGAAAGUACAAUUCAUCUGUUUUUUGUUAUCUUUUCUGGGGUUUCCCUAUUUUUGCUGGGUGCCAUUUCUGAGCCUGAACUGAGGCCCUUGAUAUCUGUGAUCUUCUUUGGUAGUAUUCAGAGAGAAAAAUUUCUGAUAAAUAUCCGUGAGAAAGGCCAGUUUCAUCUGAAGGGUAAUCAAACAAUAAGAUCAAACAGAUGGCAGGUUCCACCACCAGAAGAAGCAAUGGAAAAUCAAUCAAAGAUGGAGACUUUGAUGAAGAAGAAAUAGAAGCAUGGAGCUUUAACCCCAAAAGAGGAGAAGAAAAAGAAGCUUCAUCGAUCUCUUCUUCUUCUUCUUCUUCCUCUGUUUGGCGCAUGCAGAGCUCUGCCCCUAAAAUGAUACCCAAAGCCAAAACAGCAGAAAAUCAAGAACCCAAAACUGUGAAGCGAUCCUCAGCCCCUCUGGACAUUCCAGACUGGUCCAAAAUAUAUGGAAGAAAUGGCCACAUGGGUUCAUGGAUGGAUGAUGAAUAUGGCAUGGUUGAUGGUGCUGCACGUUAUGAUGAUGAUGAUGAUGGAGAUGUCAUGGUUCCUCCUCAUGAAUGGAUUGCUAGGAAGCUGGCAAGAAGCCAAAUUUCAUCUUUCUCAGUGUGUGAAGGGAUUGGAAGAACACUCAAGGGAAGAGAUCUUAGUAAAGUGAGAAAUGCCAUUUUGACUAAAACUGGUUUCUUGGAGUGAUGUAACAACAAAUUCAUCACUUUCCUUUUUGUUGAACCAAAAUCUACUGUGAGUUAGAGAGCCUGAGAAUUGCCUUUUGUUUUUUUUUUUUUUUUUUGGGUUGAGAGAUUUUGUUUGUUGAAUUUGAGUUUUGGGUAAUUGAAUUCAAUAAGAAAAAUGGUACGAGAUAAUAUUUCUCUAACUUGCAGUGUUUAAGAAUUUCAGUGAUGGGCAAAUGAAGUGCACUGUUAUAA